AGUGUUGGCCAUGUCAUGCAACCGCUGCAUCUGCGGCACGCCUCCAAGUCCUCGGAGAACUCGAAGAAGCCACAAGCCUCAGUGUUGUGCCACAGAAUUAAUAAAAUAUUCCCAGUCACAGCACGCAUCCACUACGUUGACCAGGUGGAGCAGGAGGAGUUGGAUCAGCAGCAGCACCAGCAGCAGCAGCCUGGCAGCAGCUUCACCAUCAGCGGAUCCACACCGCCCCUCCAAAUCUCGCCACACGGCUCACCUAAGUUGCAGCAGACGCAGCAGCGCCUGGGCAAACACCUCAGUAAAUCCGCAUCGGAGUUGAAUGGCCACGAUUGCCAUCUGAGCGAGUCGCCGCACAUAUCACCGAAGAGGGCCAAGAGUGCCGUGGCCCAGCAGUUGGUCGGCGGAGGCGGUUCGGGGGGCGUGGCCAGCGGCGUGGGCGUGCUGCAGAAGACGCACGGAUUCUUCAACAAUCUACGACACCGCUGGAGUCGCGCGAAGAGCAAAGAUCGUCUGGGUCGCAAGUCCCCAAGCGAUUUUCUCGAGGAAAGCACCGAUUAUGCGGCGGACUACAGUUCGGAGAGCAGUUCCGUAACCCAGAGUCCCCGCCAUCGAAGCACCACCAUCGGCGGUUCGCCACUGGCCCGCGAAUUUCGGGCCACCGCCAAAAUGGCACAGGUUAUCCAGCGAUUCGGGGGCUCCAUGGAGGGCCGGAUAGACGAGCAUCCGGAGAACGGUUCGGCGGGCUGCAGUCCUCCGGAACUGACCACCCAACAGCAGCUGGAGGCCCUGCAGGCCGACGAGCAACGUCGCAAGCGCGAAGCCCAAUUACGUCAAUUCGUCUUCUUUCAGCUGCGCGUGCAUCUCAAGUCCGGCAGCGACCUGGUGGCCAUGGACAAGAAUGGACUGAGUGAUCCUUAUGUCAAGUUCAAGGUCGGCGGCCGCCUCCUCCACAAGUCGCGCACCAUUCACCGGGACCUGAAUCCCGUGUGGGACGAGGUCUUCAUCGUGCCCAUCGAGGACCCCUUCCAGCCGAUUAUCGUGAAGGUUUUCGACUAUGACUGGGGACUGCAGGACGACUUUAUGGGCUCGGCCAAGCUGGACUUAACCCAAUUGGAAUUGGGCAAGGCCGAGGACAUCCACCUGCAGCUGUGCGACUCGGGCGGAAAUGGAGGAAGCGGCUUGGGGGAGAUACUCAUCAAUUUGACGCUCUGGCCGCGCAGUCAGGAGGACAAGGAAAUGCACUUUCAGCGCAACUCGAAGCUGGCCGAGUCAUCGAAGCGAUUGAAGUCGCAGAUCUGGAGCUCAGUGGUCACCAUUUUGCUGGUCAAAGCCAAGGAUUUGCCGCUGGCCGAAGAUGGCAGCAAGCUGAAUGACACGCACUUUAAGUUCAGAUUGGGCAAUGAGAAAUACAAGAGCAAGUCUUCCUGGACGGAGCGCUGGCUGGAACAGUUCGAUCUGCAUCUAUUCGAUGAAGAUCAAAAUCUGGAAUUGGCUCUUUGGAAUCGAAAUACCCUGUAUGGCAAGGCCAUUAUAGACCUGAGUGUUUUCCAGCGCGAGAACACGCAUGGCAUCUGGAAACCCCUUGAAGAUUGUCCUGGCGAAGUUCACCUAAUGCUCACGAUUAGUGGAACCACAGCCUUGGAGACGAUCAGCGAUCUGAAGGCCUUCAAGGAAGAUCCGCGAGAGGCUCAGUUGCUAAGGGAUCGAUAUCGAUUCCUAAGAUGCCUCCAAAACCUGCGCGAUGUGGGUCACCUGACGGUGAAAGUUUUCGGAGCAACUGGACUGGCUGCAGCGGAUAUUGGUGGAAAAUCCGAUCCCUUUUGUGUGUUGGAACUGGGAAACGCCCGACUGCAAACCCAAACGGAGUACAAAACACUCACUCCCAAUUGGAACAAGAUAUUUACUUUCAACGUUAAGGACAUCACACAGGUUCUGGAGAUCACCGUCUUCGAUGAGGAUCGAGAUCAUCGCGUCGAGUUCCUGGGCAAACUAGUCAUCCCCCUGCUGAGGAUCAAGAGUGGAGUCAAACGAUGGUACACGCUGAAGGACAAGAACCUCUGUGUUCGGGCCAAGGGAAACUCUCCGCAAAUUCAGCUGGAACUGACGGUGGUUUGGAGUGAGAUUCGAGCCGUUUGUCGAGCCCUGCAGCCCAAGGAGGAGAAACUCAUCCAGCAGGAGGCCAAAUUCAAGCGACAACUCUUCCUGCGCAAUGUCAAUAGACUCAAGGAGAUUAUCAUGGAUAUCCUAGAAGCAGCGCGCUAUGUCCAGAGCUGCUUUGAGUGGGAAUCACCUGUGCGUUCCAGCAUAGCUUUUGUCUUUUGGAUUGUGGCCUGCGUUUAUGGCGAUCUAGAGACCGUACCCCUAGUCCUACUACUCAUCAUACUUAAAAAGUGGCUCUAUCGCCUUAUAACGGGUACCACAGAUGCCGCUGCGCACUACGACUACGAGUACGAUGAAGAUGAUGACGAUGACAAGGAGAAGGAGGAGAAGAAGUCCAUCAAGGAAAGAUUACAGGCCAUCCAAGAAGUCUCCCAGACCGUGCAGAAUACUAUAGGCUAUCUGGCUUCAUUAGGCGAAAGCACUAUCAACACAUUCAACUUUUCCGUCCCCGAACUGACCUGGCUGGCUGUGGUCCUACUGUUGGGCGCCAUUCUGGUCCUGCAUUUCGUCCCCCUCCGCUGGCUGCUCCUCUUCUGGGGCCUAAUGAAGUUCUCCAGACGUUUGCUGAGACCCAAUACCAUUCCCAACAACGAGCUAUUGGACUUUCUUUCACGAGUGCCAGAUAACGAGGAGAUUAAUCAAUAUCGAGAACUGCCACCAUCGGCGCCCACCGACCAGAUGCGCAACAACCCGAAGAAGAAGUUGAAGGGAUCAUAGUCCAUAACCAGCGCUGAUGCGGCAAUGGCGUCCCUUUCGCCGCCGCAGUCCAGCGCACUGGGAGGAGCGGGUGGAGGGGGAAGCGGAUCCGGCGGAAGGCAGCAGCUGAUGCAGCGCUUCCGGGCCAACACCAGCCAGCUGAAGCACAAGUUUGGCCAGGCCAAGAGCCUCAGUCUGAGCCAUAGCGAAUUCAAUUAGACACCAAAGUUAGUUAGCUAGUUAAGAAUCGAGGGUACGAGGGCGGCACCAAGUAAACUAGUUCCACCCAUAGACGGCAACAUCAAUUCAACUUGACUCAAUUAUGCAGCACAAAGUUUGCUUCACUUAUUUUCCUAGAACUAUAUAUAUAUACACAGAAAAGAAUAUGAAUAUGAUUGUAAAUGUAUGCAAAACUCCAAACUAUUUACACAAACCGAUUCUGUACAUACACGAAGAUAGCG